AGAUAACAGAGGAGAGAGAAGGGGAAGAAAACAAAGCAGUGGUGAGGAGAGAGAGAGAGAGGCAUUUCCAGUGUAAUUUAUUUUGUGACCGAAUCUCUGAGCUCUGAUCUUUGGUCGGUUAGGGUUUCAUCAUUUUCAUAGGGAUCCGUUUAUCUUAAAUUUCAGAAUUCAACUUCUCACGCCUUCAAAGUUCGUUUUCCAAUUUCUCACUCAAUUGUUUUCUCUCCAUUAACAUCACUAUCAUCAAGCUUCUAAAUUAAGCAAUGAUUUCAUCUAAUCGCAAUCUGAUGAUUCAUAUCAUGCUUUUCAGGUUAGCCUGACUAGAAGUCUUGUAAUGAAAGCGAACCUCUUUAUCAUCUUUGUCUCUAGAAUUCUUAAUUCUUCAGUUACUGAAGACACCGAUUCCACCGCGAAGCUGGGUGGAUGUUUAAUUCAUUCAUAAAAACUUCAUCAGCAAUAUAUACAUACCUUUAGAUAGAAAACAGAAUGGCAGAUGUUGCUAGGUCGAGGUCAACAUCCUGGCGUGAUGAACUCAUGAGCUUGGUUGAGGAUACUGGAGUUAUAUUCACAGAUGAAACAUUGGGAAUUUCUACCCCUUUUAUGGAACCUAAGAGAUCCGAUUUCACUGUAAGGGAUAUUAAUGAUGGAGAGUUAGCUGAGCCAGAGAGUUUCAAGGAUCAGGUUAAGGAGUUUGCAAAAGCUUGGGGUGAAAUGUUUCUGGAACUUGGGAAAGGGGUUAAGGACAUAGUGCAACAGAGCCUUUUGACUGAUGAUUCUUACAUAGUUAUUAAGUGUAAAGGACCGAUCAAAAAGGCUGGAAGUAGAUUAAGGUUUUUGAAUGAUUAUUUGCCUGAAGAUCGUGACCCAGUUCAUUCAUGGUCUGUGAUAUUUUGCGUGUUCUUUGUGGCUCUUGCAGUGUUGAUGGUGAAUACAAAACGUGAUCAUGUGGUCUCAUUAGUGAAGAAAAUCAGCACGCAUCCCCCUAGUGCUACACGAAUGCUACUUCCGGAUGGCAGGUACUUGGCCUAUCUUGAGCAAGGUGUUUCAUGUAGCACAGCCAGACAACAUGUGAUUGUGCCUCAUAGUUUCUUAUCUUCUAGAGUUGCAGGUAUCCCAGGGGUGAAAGCAUCAUUGCUGGAAGAGUUUGGCAUCCACUUAGUAACAUAUGAUCUCCCUGGUUUUGGAGAGAGUGAUCCUCAUCCAAAGAGAAACCUUAGCUCAUCAGCCCAGGAUAUGUUGUUUCUUGCAAAUUCUCUUGGAAUAUACGACAAGUUCUGGGUUUUGGGGUUCUCAAGUGGAGCUAUGCAUGCAUGGGCAGCUCUGAAUUACAUUCCAGAUCAAAUUAGAGGUGCUGCAAUGUUUUCUCCAAUGAUAAACCCAUACGAUUCAAGCAUGACUAAGGAGGAGAUUUCCAAAACCUGGGAAAACUGGUUAAGAAGGAGAAAAAUGAUGCAUUAUUUAGCUCGUAGAUUUCCAAAGUUUUUGAGUUAUAUUUACCGUAGAAGUUUUCUGUCUGGAAAACAUGGUCGUUUGGAUAACUGGUUCUCUUGGACACUUGGGAAUAAGGAUAAAGGUCUUACAGAGGAUCCAAGAUUUGAAGAGUUGUGGCAUAGGGAUGUGGAGGAGUCUAUUCGGCAAGGAAAUGUGAAACCGUUCAUUCAGGAAGCUGUUCUUCACGUGACUGAUUGGGGAUUCAAACUUACAAACCUUGCAGUGCGAAAGAAGUGCCCAAGGAAAGGAUUUUUUACCUGGUUUACGUUCAUGCACUCACAUACGGAAGCUGAAUGUCAAUGGACUGGAUUUCAAGGUCCAAUCCACAUAUGGCAGGGGCUGGAUGACCAAGUAGUCUCUCCAUCUAUGUUUGACUAUGUAGCUCGGGUUGUGCCUAGUAUCAUAAUGCAUAAGCUACCCGACGAGGGUCAUUUAUCGUAUUUCUUUUUAUGCGAUGAAUGCCACAGACAAGUAUUUCUAACUCUAUUUGGGACACCGAUUGAGACCACUACCACUGACGAAGAAACACAGUUGUUAGAUAUUGGUGCAACCACCAAAGAGCAAAGUAGCGUAUAAAGUUGCAUUUUCGGGAAGAUGAUGUAAAUACCAACCACAGAUUGCUCGGGAAUUCAAGGUCAGAAUAAUAUAUCUUGGUUUGUCGGUUUUUAAUUUCAUAAAAAAGUACUGAUCUGAGAUAGAAUUGGAAAGUAGUUAAAGAAUGCACAACUUCAUGGCAUUUUGUUCCUUCAAAAUUUGAGGAGGAAUCAAUAUUCACGUUUCUACAUUGACAUUAUUAUUAAUACAAAAUUUUAUGGUUACUUAC